AUGCUCUCACUAGAAUUAUACAAACAGCUUCAGACGAGCUUUAUUGAUUGUGUAAUUCCAGACCUUAAAGAGGAUUCAAUUAAUCUCAAUAAAUUUGCACUACUAGAUGAUUUAUUAACAGUACUCGAAGCAUCAUUUAAAGUGGAAUUCAACACAGCUUUCUUUUAUCGUGCAAGUAAUUCAAAGAAUGACUCACAACAAAAUAGCCAAUAUUUUCCCUCAACGAAUGUAAUGCACAUCCUUUUCACGCUAGCAUCAAGGUCAGACAAGUGCAAUUGGACUGUAACACAAUCUUACACAAAAAAUGGUAUAAGUGAAUCACUCAGUCAAGUCAAACAAUCAAACGCAUACUAUAGAAAGUUAUCUUAUAAACUGUCUUUGAGUUGCAGAAGUUUAGCUUUGUUGAAGCAGUAUGUUGCCAAGGCAAUAGAAAAUCCCAUUGACAAUACUCAAUUAUAUCAGUUGUUGAUGGAUGUGAUCUCAGACUUGGUAAUGAGGCCGAGUUUCAAAUCACAAUUUCCCCACAAGAAGAUUAGCGACUUUUAUAAAACUGCAAAGCGAAAUUAUCAAGAUGACAAUGUCACAGGUGAAGAUGGAAAAAAUAUAUUGAAGAAGCGACGAAAAUCGUACACCAAUCGAUCAAAAGAAGAAAUAGAGACUGAUGAUUUGGUGUUGAGUGACUCACAAGAAGACUCUGAUACGGAAAUUCGAAUUGCAAGAUGCACAUUGGAUGGAAAUAAGCCGAUUCAAGGGAAGCAAAUUUUGACAGACAUGGGAAGGAAGAGCCAUCAGCAGGAACACGAGGAACACGAGGAACAUGAGGAACACGAGGAACAUGAGGAACAUGGGGAGCAAAUGGAGCAGCUAAAUCACGAUGCGCAAGUGGGCAAUUUACCCACAAUUGAAAAGGUGACGACACGACCUUUAGAAGCAUGGAAUGGUCUCAGAGUGUACGACGAACCAUUAUUAAAGGAUAAAUUGAUUAUUGAUAAUGGGUUUAAUAUUUGGAAACUAAUCAACUGGACAUUUUACUGUGCUGGACUUUCAUCAAACUAUUACUAUGGCGUCGAAUCAAAUUGCUCGUCAAUCUAUAAAGCAGAAGCGAGGCUUUUGGAUACCAUAUUUGAUUUUCUCGAGGCAAAUUUGGUUAUGGAGUUAAAACGACUAAUGCACCUGGAGGACCCUUACUUGCAAUUGUCAAAGUUGACGACUGGUGAGAAGAAAAUGAUGAUUUCACACGUGGAAAAUAGCUCCAACAUUUUGUUUCUGAAACUUAUAAAAACCUUGGGCCAUUUCCGAAGCCUGUACUAUGAUAGAAUAGUGGAAUAUGUUUUUAAUGGUCUUGCUGCUCGACUGACAGGUAUGCCCGAUGCUUGCUACCAACACGAAGCUGCUCUUGUAAAAAAGGAGGCAAGAGCAAAAAACACACAACAAAGUAAGAAUAGCAGUGAUUAUAGAAGAUGCAAAGUAAACGACAAUUUGGAUUCAAUGAACCUUCGGUUUAAAAUGAGUCUUGUGACACAUCACUGGAGUCUCAUCUUUACUGAAACUAUUGUUAUUGAAAAAAAAGACAAGCUUAACAUAAACCAAAGGCACUCUCCACUUGAACUGAAUAAUUUUUUAGGUUACUUGAGCGAAAAGCUUUCAACACUAGACUUUAAGUACUUUGAAGCUUUUUAUUUUGCUUCAUAUUAUGAAUCAAAAAUCACCAAAACCUAUAAAGACUUUUUUCUUAUGCAGCUAUCAUGCAAGUUUCUUCUGGAUGCCUUAUCAUCUUCAAAUAAUGAUUACAACUUGAAGCAUCGGUCAUUUUGUAAUGAUAAUGCAUCAUUGAUUGAGGAUGAGAAUCUCAAUACGAUAUUAGAUUGGAUCCAAGAUACAGCUACUUAUUCUCUGGUGACAGAAAAUGAAUUAUGGAGAAGUUUUGGAGAAUUUUAUCAGAUGUGGUUGAAGGUGAAUUUUGUUCUAGAGUGGUUGAUCCUAUGGGUAAUACAAGAUUUCAAACAACAAACUUCCCACCAAAUUUUCCUUAAGAGAUUAAACACAUUAGAGGAGGCGUUUACCGCAUCUGAUCACUUGCGACAGAAAGAGUUUUUCAAAUUUGUUAAACUUUGUACUAAAUCAAAAGAAAGGAAGAGUUCUAAUUCCAAAACCAAGUUGAGAUUUGAUAUCAAUGAAGCAGACGCGAGUUUUUACAAGGCUAACUUUUCAAAAUGUGAUACAUUUACAUCAAUAUUGAAGCGUUUCGUAUAA